AUGAACAGAGGAGAAAAUGUCUUUCUGCUGUGGCUGUGUCUCUGUCUGCUGUCUGUUUAUUCAUCCGCUUCUGCUGAUGCUGUUAAAGGCAAGGCUCUGGUCGACACACUCCACAACACUACCCUGCACACCUUUGGGCAAUCCAGAAACAUGAAUUCACUGGGACACAUGAGCGAAUAUCGUCCUCCAGGGUCCUUGCCUUGCCUUAAGUUACCAUUCAUCAGCAGAACUAAAUCAACAAGAACCAGCCGUUUCGAAAAUAUGUAUGACCUACUCCGGACUUUGUACAGAGUAGAGAGAGUCGUCAAUGAGUCGGCCUCGUUAAUCAGCAAGGAGAAAUUUGUUGCCCCCACAAAUGAUAUGAGGCAAAUUUACAGAUUCCAGGAUUUGUAUGAUGCUAAAGAUGACGAGAAACGGACCAAGAGCGUAGCAUGCGAGACCAAUAUUUUCUUGUGA